AUGGGUUUAGGAAACGACGAGGUAGGUGAUGACGAUGCGGUGGCGAGCAAAGCAGACCGGGCGAAGAGUUGGAUAAAGAAGAGAAGCAUCGAUGAUGGUAACGUCGAUGAUGAUAAGACCUCAACAACGAUAAUACCGUCGCAAGUAUCGAAAGAGGUGGAAGAAGCUCUGUCGUUCGCGAAGAGAACGAAAGAGAAGAAUGAACAACAACAACAUCAACAACAGAAGUAUAACAGCAACAACAACAACAACAACAACAACAAGACGAGUGGUAGCAGUAAUAAUAGCAAGAAGCAACAACCGAAAAAUUCUAUCCAGCAGCAACAGCAGCAACAACAACAGCAACAUGCGAAGAAAGUGGUGUUCGCUCCCGCACCGUCUAGACCAGUUUGGAAUGCACGGCCCGCGACAGCGUCCUCGCUGACCGCUGCAGCGCAACCGUUCAACGUUUCAUCGAAUACUACUCAUAAUGAAGACGAUGGCGUGCAUUGGCCGACGACUGCCGAAAAUGACGGUGGAAAACACGGUGGAAAAGACUAUUUACCAAAAAUAACCGCAGAAUCUUUACGAAUAGAGGCUCGUAAGUCCAAGGUGGAUAAGUUUGGGAAGAUCCCGUGUCGAGUGUGCGGAAGGCGGUUCGCCGAGUUUCAACAUUUAGCAUCGCACUUGUACAAUUCACAUUACGGGUUGAACGACCCAGACCGCGUGAAGGUAAUCGAUACCGAACGCAUAGCGAGGGGCGAUUUGACCGAACAAGAACGAAUCGAGGAGGAAAAACGGAAGAAAAAGAGAACGACGAUUGACCUAUCGGAAAUUGUAUCGGGGGAGAAUAAAUCCAUCAACGCCGGCGGCGGUGGCGUGAGUGCAAUGUUAGGCGGUUUAGGUUUAUACUUUAAAGAAGGGAAAGCGAAGAAAAGCGAUAAACGUGCUUUAUUGGGAAAGAAAGUGGAAGGUCGUCCCAAACGGGGCGGGGAACUUAUGGCGAAUCCAAACGCUGCGAUGGCUUCGGCCACGUUAAUGAGAAGAGGGAAAGAGCGCAUGGACGGUAAGAAAAAAAAACGCAUGACAAAACUGAGGAAAAUCAUUCUCGUGUCCAGAGCAAAUAAGAAAAAGUCGUCGAAAGGAGAUGACGACUCGACGAUUGAAGUAACCAUCGAGGUUGACAAGGUGUACGUGAACAUAAAAGUGGACGAGGAGGAUAGCGAAAGAGUAAAGGUGGAUUUGUGGUGCGACGAAGACGACGAUGAUUCGGACGACGAUAAUAACAACGAUAAAGCCGACGUCGUCGUCGACGACGACGAAUCUAUUAACAGAGCACAUGCAGAUGAACAAGACGGCACAGAUACACCAACAGCAACUAAAGAACAUGCAGAUGAACCGUACAUCGUCUCGUCCACGUCGAGUCGAACGGUCAUUCAGUUACCUUCCAUUUGGACGAGAAAAAGUUUUAUCGAUACUUUGAAACAGAAAGAAUAUGAACUCAUGAACACAAAGUCGGAAAACAGCCAGACAGACCAGCACACAACAGCGAUAGGAAAGAAGACAAAGCCAAAAAAGAAGGAAAAAUCAGCGUUCGUAUCAAAAUUCUGCGAAUUGUGUAAAAUGGAGUGUAACAGCGAAACGGCGUGGGCGGACCACGUCGCCGGUAAGAAACACGCGAAGAUGCUCGAACGCAAGGAGAAAAUCGAUCGCGGAGAAACCACUGAAGAGCACAUUCAACGCAAUUUGGAGCGCGUGAAAGACGCCUCGUUCGUCAACAAGGUUGAAAAAAUGCCGAAAUAUGCCUCGCAAGUUAUCACGACGCCUCUGAAUCAAGCCGUACAAGCGCUCUUCUCCGAGCUUCGAAGAUUACAAGAGAGACUGUAUAAAACAGAUCCUAUAAAAGCAAAAUCGAAAAAGCGAUUCACGUUCGGUAUGCGUGAGGUCGUGAAAAAUGUCGAACUCGGUAAAUGCAAAGCUGUUGUCGUCGCUCCGAACAUUGAAUCCACCGGCGAUAUGGAAGGCGGUUUGGACGACCAAAUUUGGCAAAUCGUCAAGAAGUGUCGCGAACUAAAUACGCCGGUUUUAUUCGCACUCACGCGGUCGCGAUUAGGUAAGUUGUGCGGUCCACGUUACGUUUCUUGCGUGGCCGUGUUGAAUACGGACGGUUUAGAGGACCAAUUGAAAGACAUGUUGCGUGAAGGCCAGGUCGCGCGAAAAAAAUACGAGGAUGAAAAAGCGGUUGAAGAAAAGGAAAGCGAAGAAGACCGCAUAGAUAGUAAUAGUUUCGAAUACUCAUAG